GGAUCUCACUACGAAUGUGAGUGUUUUCGUUCGGUUCGCGUGCAAGAGUUGGUUAAAAUGCGACCCCUCUUUUUUGCAACUUUACUGUGCCUUGCCGCCUUUGCAAAGGGCCAGCAAAUCGGGGGCACCGAUGUGUCAAUCGCCCAGUACCCGUUUGUGGCCGGUAUUCUGCUCCAGCGAUCGACUAUCAUCGGUAAUGGUGCGAUUCUUUCACCGAACUGGGUGCUUACCUCUGCCAGUGCCGUCUAUAGCACGCCGGACAGUGACUACAGCAUUGCGACGGGUUCGGAGGAACUCUUCACUCCUGCCGCACAGUACCAGGUGCAGCGCAUUUUCCGCCAUCCCGAGUUUGUCGGUUGGGAUUACAACGUAGCGCUGGUAAAGGUGAGCGGUAAGAUAGUGUUCGGUGACACGGUGCAGCCCAUUGCGAUCGCCACGACCGACCCCGAAACGGUCAACGAUGCUACGAUGCUGUCGUAUGGUAAGAACGAAGACGGCACGUCCCAUCUGCGCAGCGCGACCUACACGCUCAUCUCGGACAACGACGACUGUGUGCCGCUGCUGCAGGAGUACCAGGCGAAGGAGGUGAUCUGGCAGCAUCAUGGAUUCUGCCUGAUUCCACCCCCGGGCACGCAGCAGGGCCAGUGGUACAAUGAUGCAGGGGCACCGCUCGUGGCCGACGGUCAGCUGUACGCCGUGUUUGCCUUUGCCGAGAACGAGGGUGGUACGAACGAGGGUUCCGUGGCGACGCGGCUCACCAGCUUUGCGGGCUGGAUUCAAUCGAUCAUGUUUAGCAAUCGCUAAAUCGGUGGAACAGGUGAAGAUGAUGAUCGUGUCAGAGGCUUUGUAGGAUGUAGAAUGAUGUGUAAUUGAUGAGGUUUUGUUAAAGUUGAGUUGUUAAUAAAUACUUUAACAAUAGGACUCCACAUUA